AUGUACACGGGAGACGGACGAAACUUCUACACGUCUUUACCCCACGAAGACUACAGACGGACACACGUNAUCAAAUUGGAUGAUGAUUAUAUAUUGUAUAUAUAUGCAAUAGAUGAAGUUACCAGAAAUUAUAUUGAAGGUCCACCAUGUGACAAACUAACCCAGACAGCUUUGAAGAUUCCUUGGAUUUUUACAGACAUGACUGAUAUUGAUUGUUGUCCAACAGAGCCCAAUGUAGAUUAUUUUACUAGUGGCAGAGUACAAGAAUCACUGCCAGAUUUGGAAGUAGCAUUUCCUCCUAUUCCUAAUGAUAAAAAAUUAAAAGUAUUUAGUAGUUACAAAGUAAUCACUUAUAAUUUGAAUCAUCCACGAUUCGAAAUAACUUCUAAUGAAGAAGAGGCUGAUAUACUCUGGUAUGAUUAUCACUUUAAAGAGUAUAGACAGCUUAGCCAAAUGCAUCCUCAUAAAUUUGUGAAUCAAUUUCCUUUUGAACACAUUCUAACAGUAAAGGAUUUAUUUGCAUCAGUAUGUCAGAGAGCUGCCGACAAUGUUAUAAAUGCAGAAACACUCGAAUCUUCUCCUCAGUGGCUUGCAACAACAUAUAAUUUGAAGACAGAACUUCCAAAAUUUGUGUCUUAUUAUCAACAAAGAGCAAAACGUGGUUUAGAUAACUAUUGGAUUUGCAAGCCUUGGAAUUUAGCAAGAGGUUUGGACAUGCACAUUACAGAUAAUUUAAAUUAUAUUCUACGACUACCAUCUACUGGUCCUAAGAUAGCUUGUAAAUACAUAUCAGAUCCAGUUCUGUUUCCCCGUGAUGACGUAGGCUUAGUCAAGUUUGAUAUUAGAUAUAUCAUUUUACUGCGAAGUACCCAUCCUCUAAGAUUGUAUGCUUAUAAGCAUUUCUGGUUAAGAUUUGCAAACAAACUAUACUCUCUAGAUAAUUUUGAUGAUUAUGAAAAACAUUUUACGGUAAUGAACUAUAGGCCAACUGUACUCCAACAAAUGUAUUGUGACAAAUUCAUCGAGAAAUUUGAGUUGUAUUAUUCUCAAUUCAAAUGGUCAAAAAUAGAAGAAGAAAUAUUUGCUGCUCUAAAAGAAGUGUUUGAGUCAGCCACUUCCAGAACCCCUCCUCUGGGUUUAGCAGAGAGUCCUCAAUCUAGAGCCAUGUAUGCUGUUGAUCUGAUGCUUGAAUGGAACCAAAAUGAUGAUAAAAUGUCAAUGCAUCCAGUCUUGUUGGAAAUCAAUUGGGCACCAGACUGCAACCGUGCAUGCCAAUACUAUCCUCACUUUUUUGACGAUGUGUUUUCGGUGCUGUUUCUGGACGACGCAGAAGACAGAAAUGUUGUCUUACUAUAAAUUAGUUCGAAUGCUUCAAAUGCAAAUUGAUCUCCUAAGAGUAUUAACUAAUUUUGUAAAGAUUUCCAAAAUAUUUUUGCAAAGAUGCAAAUUUAUGAGAGGAGAGAAUUGUACCUGAGAGUUUAAAUUUUCUUAUCAAAUUAAAUUUUGUGUGUGUGUUAGUUUUUUUAAUAACUUCUUUCUAUAUACUGAAGUUUUAUUUAACCCAGAAUUUUUCAUUUAAAUGAAACAUUAUAAUUUUUGUAUGGUUAAGAGAAUUUUUUUAAAUUAAAUUAUUUUCAAGAAUUUUUCCAUUUUUGAAAAACUGCUUUAAAUGUAAGACCAUAAAAAUUGGGUUAUAUAAGCAUAUUAUUUUGUUGUAAAAAUUUAGAAAAAUUCUAUCUUCUAAAAUAAAAAUAUCCUGAUAUAUUCAUUGCAUUUGUAUCAAUGUAAGCAAUGACAGGUUAUUAAAUAAUAUAUACAGUAUAACUUUUAUCCUGAAAAUGUUAAUAAUGUAAAUUAAAUAUUUUCUCCCAAUA